AUGGGGGCAGUGUGGACCUUCCUCCCCCAAGACCGCUGGCUGCUUCUGGCAAUGCUCUUCCUUGAGUCUAUGGGCAACGACUUAUUUGACCUGGAUUGGGGGUUUGACUCCUAUGAAAUCACCAUGCCCCAAAAGCUGGGCCUCAGGAAAAAGGAGCGGGGCAUGGCCAGUACCUUAUCUUACCUCUUGCAGUUGGAAGGCAAGAAGCAUGUUCUCCACUUGUGGCCCAAGAAGUUCCUGUUGCCGAAACAUCUGCCCCUUUUCUCCUUCACAGAACAGGGGGAGCUGCUGGAGGAGUACCCUCACAUCCCCAGGGAAUGCAACUUUGUCGGCUCAGUGGAAGGGCCUCAGAUCUCCCAAGUAACUCUUAGUACAUGUAUGGGGGGUCUGCGUGGCAUCUUGAACAUAGACACCAGAUAUUACCAAAUCGAGCCCCUUAGGGCCUCUACCAGUUUUGAACAUGUUGUGUAUCUCCUAAAGAAGGAGGAGCUUAACAAUCAGAUUUGUGGUUUGCCUAAUGAAGACAUAAAUCUGCAAACGGCCCAACAAGAGGUGGAGACUAGGAUAAGUUACUUCCAUCAAUACUACAUGCACCAAAAAUACUUGGAAUUGGUCACGGUCUUUGAUCAGACCAGGUUUAUGUUCUCAAAGAAUAAUAUGUCUCGAGUCUUAAAUGAUGCCAUUCUUUUGACUUCAAUUAUGGACACAUACUACCAAGACGUCAGAAUGAGAAUACAUCUAAAGGCUAUUGAAGUAUGGUCACAUUACAACCAAAUAUUUGUUGGCUAUCCCACUUUAGCUGAAGUUUUGGGUAAAUUUGUACUGUAUAGAAGAAGCAUGCUAAAUCCUCGGCUUCCCUCAGACUGGGCACAUUUAUAUGUUAGAAGGGCAUAUUCCGAUGCUCUUGCAUGGUCCUGGGGAAGGUCAUGUGACACAUUCAAUGCUGGGUCUGCAAGCACCUUUCUAGGUAUCAAUGUUUUGGGACCUGCCACUUGGUCUGCUCAUGAAGUGGGCCAUUCUGUGGGGAUGAAUCACGAUGAGGACUUCUGUCAAUGCAGGGGUAGGAAGAGCUGCAUCAUGGGUACAGGGCGUACUGGGUUUAGUAAUUGUAGUUAUGGAGAUUUUUUUAAGUUUACAGCUUACAAGUUGGCAUCUUGCCUAUCUGAUAUCCCAGCACUAGAGUAUGUGAUUAAGAGAUGUGGGAACAAAAUUGUGGAAGACUAUGAGGAAUGUGACUGUGGUUCAGCAGAAGACUGCCAAAAAGACCUGUGCUGCGGACCAGAUUGUAAAUGGAAAGAAGGUGUCAACUGUUCCUCUGGGCUUUGCUGUCAUAAAUGUGACUUUCUGCCUUCUGGACAUGUGUGUAGACAGGAAGCAAAUGAAUGUGACCUUGCAGAGUACUGCAAUGGGACCUCGGAAUUCUGUCCGGAGGAUUCUUACAAGCAAGAUGGAACCCCUUGCAAAUAUGAAGGCCUGUGUUUCAGUAAGGGAUGCAGAUCCAGAUACAUGCAGUGCCAGAGCAUUUUUGGACCUAAUGCCAGGGAAGCUCCCCACCAAUGCUAUGAUGUAGUGAAUAUGAAAGGCGAUCAGUUUGGUAACUGUGGCAUUACAGGUCCUUCUACGUAUGAAAUGUGUGCUAGGGCCAACACAAUGUGUGGCAGGCUACAAUGUACAAAUGUUAAAAACAUCCCUAAUUUGCCAGAUCACACUCUGGUAAUGGCCACCUAUCUGAAGUUGGAUGAUCUCAUGUGCUGGGGCACAGGCUAUCACUCAGCCAUGAUACCCCAAGGGAUACCAGACAUAGGUGUGAUCAACGACGGCACCUUCUGUGGUCAAAACCAAGUGUGUUUUAACAAGAGUUGCAUUGAUAGUUCAGCCCUGAAAUAUGAUUGCUUGCCUGACAAGUGCAAUGGCCGAGGUGUCUGCAACAAUAAUAAAAACUGCCACUGCAUGUAUGGCUGGGAACCCCCAUUCUGUAAGGACAUAGGAUUUGGAGGGAGCAUCAAUAGUGGACCCCCAGGACCACAAACAGAGGAAGAGACACCCUCAUCAGUUCAGGUCGCAUAUCUUAUGCUAAUACGCAUUAUCUUAUUUGUCAUCUCAGUGGUUAUUGUGUUUUUCAGGCAACUGAUGGUAAACAUAGCAAGGCACACACGCAAACCACCACCACACAGAUCCAGCACAAAGACUGUCACAAAAUAG